UUGAUAGUGAGGUGGGGGGGCAGCUGGUUCACAGAAACUUCUCCAGUUGUGUUUCAUGUUAAAUCAGUGACCCCGGCUCUGUGAGGGCAGUUAUCGGUCUAAGUAUCCGGGAGAGGGUCGUCGGGCACCGGGCUCCUCUGAUUCGUACAGCCGCUGUUAGCCUGCGGAUGCUAACUUCAGCUAGCCUGAAGCUACCGUCGCUCCGAAGUCGCCACACAGCAGCAGGACGAGCCGAGCUCCCUCAAGUCCUGCCGCCUCCUGCUCGUUUUUACCCCCCACCGGCGGACCGCCAGCACAGGGAGUGAUGUGGAAAGUAACUUUACAGGCGCUGGGUGUUCUGCUGUCGGCCUGGUUCUUCGGGAACUUUGUUUUGGGCUGGUUUCAACAAAACAACGUCAAACCCCAAACGCAGCACAGCGAGCAUCCGAGCAGAGCCGCAGACAGCCAGGACCAGAGCUGCUUCUGCCAUCUGACAGGAGUCCUGGACGACUGCUUCUGUGACGUGGAAAGCAUCGACGUCUUCAACAACUUCAAGAUUUACCCUCGAAUCAAGAAGCUGACGGAGAAAGACUACUUCAGAUACUACAGAGUGAACCUGAAGCGACCGUGUCCCUUCUGGCCCGACGACGGACAUUGUGCCAUCAAAGACUGCCAUGUGGAGCCCUGUCCAGAGAGUAAGAUCCCAGUGGGCAUCAAGUCUGGGAACUACAACAAGUAUUCCCAGGCAGCAAAUACGAUGUCGGACAUGACGGAGUGUGAACAGGCCGAAGAGCUGGGCGCCAUCAACAGCACCCUGAGUAACCAGAGUAAAGAGGCGUUCGCUGACUGGGCGAGACACGACGAUGCUCAGGACCACUUCUGUGAGCUGGAUGAUGAAACCUCUCCUGAUGCAGAGUACGUUGAUCUGCUGCUAAAUCCGGAACGAUUCACUGGAUACAAGGGUCCCUCAGCCUGGAGAGUCUGGAACAGCAUCUACGAGGAAAACUGCUUCAAGCCCAGAUCAGUGUACCGACCUCUGAACCCUCUGGCUCCGAGCAGAGGAGACGACGACGGAGAGGGUUUCUACAAGUGGCUCGAAGGUUUGUGUUUGGAGAAGAGAGUUUUCUACCGACUCAUCUCAGGCCUCCACAGCAGCAUCAACAUCCACCUGUGUGCCCAGUACCUGCUGGACGAGGGCUGGGGCCGGUCGGUGUGGGGUCCAAAUGUUCAGGAGUUUCGGCGUCGCUUCGACACAGCGGAGACGAAGGGCGAGGGCACGCGGCGGCUGAAGAACCUCUACUUCCUGUACCUGAUCGAGCUGCGGGCGCUCUACAAGGUGGCUCCGUACUUUGAGCGAGCAUUUGUCAACCUGUACACGGGAAACACGCAGGAGGACGGAGCCACCAAGGACCUGCUGCUGCAGAUCUUCAACGAGAUCAAAGCUUUCCCCAUGCACUUUGAUGAGAAGUCCAUGUUCGCCGGACACAAAAUGGAAGCCAAAACAUUAAAGGAGGAAUUCCGCCUCCAUUUUAAAAACAUCUCCAGGAUCAUGGACUGUGUCGGCUGCAGUAAAUGUCGGCUGUGGGGGAAACUACAGACUCAGGGUUUGGGUACAGCUCUGAAGGUCCUCUUCUCUGAGAAGGAGAUCCAGAAUCUUCCUGAACACAGCCCCUCUAAAGGUUUCCAGCUGACUCGCCAGGAGAUCGUGGCCUUACUGAACGGCUUCGGCAGGUUGUCCACCAGUAUACAUCAGCUCCACAGUUUCCGCCUGCUGUUAAAGGACAACAGGUAACAGAAGGUGACGUCUCACCUGGCCAGUAGGCGGCGCCAGCCUCCAGAGAACUGCAACAGUCUAAUCCUCGCCCAGAAGAAGGCCUUUUUCAUGGACAUCAGGAUCAGCAGUGAACCCAACAACACCUCACAAACACUCUCUCUUCUCCCAUUCAUCAUCCUCUUCUCUCCCCUCUGUACCUCCUCCUCCUCCUCCUCCUCCUCCAUCUGGUAGAUCAUGAAUGUUAACUCUUCUGCCUCCUCUUGCCUACGUCAGAAAAGUCUCCAGGUUCUGAAAACCUCACCUGACGUCUUUUAUUCCUCUCUGCUGUAAAACUCGUCGACCGCUCGACAAACCUGUUUUUUUUUCUUCUUCUCUCAUUUGAAAUUUUUUUUUUUUUUUUUGUUAGCGGUUGGUCGACGUGUAAAAUUGUCAGGUUGUUUGUGACGUCGGGACAAACCUGAAGGAAGUGAUCAGACAUUUGGGAGAAAGUGACGUAACAGACCAAACAGUGACCAGAUGGACUUGUGAUGCAGAUUAGAACAGUGUCCAACAGGAAAUGGCACCUUUAAUUUCUCCCUUUUCCUGACCCCGCCCUCUGCUGACAUCACAUCCUGUUGGAUUUUAUACUAAGUCAGACCUGCGCAGCCCUUCUGUAAGGAUGUAGAUAUGCUUUGUCCUGAGGAAGGACUCAAGUGGGACAGUUUGUCCAGAUAAAAGAGCGUCUGAACUGUCAGGACGCAGCUGCCUGUUUCUGUUUGUUUGUUUGUUUCCUCUCCUCUGUCACCUUCUCCUGUUGUUUUUAGAGAAGUUUGUCACUCACAGCCUGAGGAUCUGGACCAAUCAGCUCGUGUUUACCAUCUCAGGCCGAAUUUAUGUCAGCACGCUAGAAGGUGUGUGUGUGUGUGUGUGUGUGUGUGUGUGUGUGGUUUCCACGAACCACAUGUUGGAAGUUUAGUCAGUCGGCUGUUUGUCGUUGACCUGCGUCACCUCAGACGACACAACGAUGUCAUUUUAUGUGGACGAGGCUGCGCUCUUCUUUAAAUGAAUUCAGUCCAGCUGGACACUUUUUACUUUCCCACAGUAACAUUUCAGCGGGCACAUGAACACAGUGACUGACACAACAGCAAUAAAACUAGAAAUAUCACAAGAAUAACCCGAUGACGUUACGUACGUCAUGAAAGACGACCAGGAAAGAUUGCUCCUGGACCAACGUGUAGUCCAUCAUGUCUGCCGGCCGAGUGACGGCAAGAUUUAAUGACUCAGCACUCUUAUCUGACAUAGUGACUGUCGGAAUGGAAAAAACUGUCGAGUUUUGAUAAAUUCACACCUUAGAAGACGUUUCUAAAAAAGUGCUUUAGUUACCGAAAACUCCGCCUGCGUGUGCACGAGAGGCCGAAACAUCGAGGAAAAAAUGAGACACAAAAACAUCUGUGGAUAUUUCUGAAAAGAUAAAAUCAGACUCACAUUUAAAAGCUCGGUGAUAUUUGUGAUUGUCUCAUAAAAAAUGAAAGAAGCGGCGCAAGUUGGAACACUUUGGUUGUGUGUAACUCUCAGUGUGUGUGUGUGUGUGUGUGUGUGUGUGUGUCAUCAACAGUUGCAGCUAUAAGAUAACGGACUACAACUUGAUUCCAUAGUAAACCUUGAUAUAGUAGCGGAUUUUUGCUUUUUUGCGAUAAGGAACUAAUAAAUGUGUUUGUGUGUUUGGAUGAAUGGGUCAUGUCUCUGUCUGUCUGUCUGUCUGUCUAGUUGCUGCCUGAGUAUUCUACUAACGUGCUGCCUAGUUUUCUCCGGCAUGUAUUUUUGCUGUGGCCGUGUUGUCUUAAAGCACAACUUUAAUGGAGGCAGAUUCUGUUAGAUUUAUUUAAAGAGGGAAAACUAGGAGUCAUUAAUUUCUCCUCAGAUGAAUUAUUGCUUUAGUAUUUUGUUUCAAGCUGUAAACGUAGGUUGUAAUGGUGCAGAGAUGAGAUGAGAUUUUUUUAAUGGAGCGCGCUGCCAGAUCAGCAGGAGGGAGGAGGCGACUUUAGGAGAGUCUCUGAGAAAAGCAACGUCCAUCAGCACGCUGCAAAAAAUCUCCUCACAGGUUCAGUCUGGUGUUAUUCUGUAUGUUUCUAACCUCAUGUACUGAAGACAUGAAACUCUGAAAACACAAAUCUAUAGUUUUAUCAGUAAUCUCUUCAAACAGCUGUUCACUGAAGUUUUUAUCAAACAGUGACUUUGUUGGGGACUACUACUGUGAUGAUGAUGAUGAUGAUGAUGAAGGAACGACGGAGGAAGAUCAAUCAGGCUGUAGAUACACUCACUGCAGCUGUGACCAGAUACGUUCACUGUUGGUUUGAGUCUGAACGUGGGAUUUAUGGAAAAUCAAAGAAUAUCACCAGACUUGAACUUUAACGAGGCGUUUAACUUUUAGAGAGUGAACUCUUAAAGCGACACAGGACGACAUCACGAAGAGAAAACGACAUGAAGAAGCAGCCGAUUGAAUAAAAUCAACAUGCAACGUCAAACAAGCAAAGGAUGUCUUUUAGUGACUGUGCGCCGUGUUCGGGACAGACGGGAAAAGCUGCAGCCGCCACUGUUGAAUGUAUGGAAUCCCAUUUAAGUCAAUAUUAAAUAAAUAAAUAUGGCUAUGAAAUAAACCCUGAAAUAAAAACCUAAAUACUUUAAUAGCCGCCUCGCUUCAAUCACUGAACUCACCCGGCGUAUAUUUGGGACGGGCCUUGAAUUCCUUUCACUCUGUCACUCUGGACAUGAGGGUCCGCUGUGGUGGGAUUUUUAAAGGAAGGCUUGUUUGUUCAACGUCUUAUAGUUAAAACAAAACAAAACAAAAAACACUCAUUUUUGUUAUAAAUGCCCCGAGGAAGAAGAAAGUACCAAAUAAAAAUAAAAAAAUUCCAUUUCUCUUUUGUCAGUGUGGACAUGGUGUUUAAUUUACAGUAAAAGAGGCAAUAAAUAUGUGAAUUACUGUAAAUAUAAAUAUGUAGAUGAGUCACUAAGAUUCAAUGGAUAAAAAUAUUUUUGUUUAAAAAAAAAAUCAGUAAAAAUUUAUUUAUGCAUUUACAUUUACACUAAUUUAUAUAUUUUUUAUUUAGUACAUCAUUUAUUUCAGGAUGUAUUUCAUAGCCAUAUUUAUUAUUUUGUAGGUAUUUAUUUAUUUAUUUAUUUAAUAUUGACUUAAAUGACAUCCAUUGUUAAACAAAAAACUCAUUACCCUUUUAUUGGCUCACUAAAACACACAAAGUUUAAAUUUCUUAAAAUGUGACUUUGUAUUUCAAGUAGCAAGCUGAGGUUUUCUGCAUUUAGUUCAGUCCUUAAUAAAAAUAUUAUUUAUAUUCAGAAACAGUCUGAAUGUAGUGACGUUCAGAGGAGCUGUAUGUUGGGAUGUUUUCCUCAGCUGUGGUGAACGCAGCUUUAAAGUUGUAUAGACGACGAUGACGUCUGGUCUGUGAGGAGAUUUAAAAAAAGAGUCCAGUUUAAAUAUAGUUUGUUUUGCUCAGCUGUAAAAGAACAAAGUGGACCAAAGAAUUUUAAGUUGCCUACAUUUUUUUAAAUGUGUUUUUGUUUGUUUGUGACGCCCAGGAACUUUUACUUUAUCAAUGUUACGACGAUAUGUUGAAGCGUUUUUGAGGUCACGGUAUAAAUGAGGCGGAUGUUUGUGUUUAAAACCUGAAAUGGGAUAAAACAAAAAAAUUAAAAUUUAACAAUAAAUAAAUAAAUUACAAUAUAAAAAGUUAGUAAAAUGUAAAAUUCCAGCUUCUGCUCGGCCCGGUCCCGCAGCCUUUUUUUGUUUGUUCUUUCUUUGUUUAUGGAUCUGGGGGUAAAAAUUUUAUUGAAAUUAAACGCCUGGAUGGAAGUGGUUUUUAUUCUGUCAUAUAAUCCAAGAUUUUGUGAAAAUAAGUAAGCAUUUUGGGAUUACCUAAAAAAACAGGUCAAUUUAAAACACAACGAGUCAGAUAGAUGGUUUCUCAAAAUAAAGUAGACAUUCAGUUUGUUAGAAAAUGUAAAUGAUUACCGCUCCUUUUAGCUUCCAUACAUCAUCAGAAUUAAUUUCACUUAUUUUUCUUUGUUUCUGUGUGUGGAUGUGAAACAGAAAUGAUACGAUGCACAAAGUGUGUGUGUGUGUGUGUGUGUGCGUGUGUGUGUGCAUGUGUGCGUGCGUGCGUGCGUGCGCAUGCCUUUCUCUGAGCCUUGCAUGCCCUCCAGCACCCGUACAGUCCGCUCGUCAGCCUUAAAACGAAAUUGUGAUUUUGGAAAAAGACACACACACAAAAAGGAAAAAGCGAAGCUGCUUCAGAUCCCCACGCUCUCGUCAUGUUCAGAUCCAAACCUGUACAGUUUUUAAAAAGGCAGCACAGGCUGAAGUUUUCUUUCUUUUGCUUAAAGAUCUUUAUGAAUAUAUAUAUAUAUAUAAAUAUAGUUGCACCAUGUUGAUGUGUGUACCUGUUGAGUAUAUUUAUUUGAACAGAGGAAUAAAUAUUUCUGGACAUCA